GCAAUAACGCACUGCAAAUAGAAGAAAAGCUCAACUCUACUAGUGUCACUUGGAGUUUGAGAGAAUUUUUGUAAAAUAUUAAAUAAUCAGUAGGAAAUUGACGGUGAGAUAUGGCAACUGCCAGUCAAGAUGCCGACGAUGAUUAUUACUUGGAACUGUCUUCUGAUCCAAUUAAAUUUGAAUCGGUCAGCUGUCUAACUAAUGUUUUCUUUGACGACUCGAAACAACAGGUGUUUGCCGUUCGAUCGGGAGGUGUUGCAGGCGUAUUAGUUAAAGGACCUAAUCAAAGUAUAAAUUUUCGAAUGGAAGACAAGGGUCCAGUUAUUUCCAUUAAGUUUUCUCCUGAUAUGAAUAUACUCGCUAUACAACGCUCAAACACUUCUGUCGAAUUUGUCAACUAUUCUCCUACCAUUGGAUUAGACAAUAUAGAAUAUUCACAGCCAUGUAAAGGAAAGAAUGCCACUAUUUUGGGAUUUGUUUGGACACAUGGAAAUGAAAUAUUGCUUGUCACUGAUUAUGGAGUCGAAUUGUUUCAAGUGAAUCCUGAGAAACGAAGUGUUAGAGCUAUAAAAUGUUUAAGUUUAGGUGUAAAUUGGUUUGUUUAUUGUCCACAAAGUCAGUUAGUAUUGUUAUCAUCUGGUACAGCAGGAAAUCAAAUGCAGGCAUUACAUGUAACAUUGGGGAAUCUCCAUAAGUUAACAAAAUUUGAAAUGGAGCCUAGUACAACGAAACCAGGUAAACUAGCAGUUUCGGAAAGAGAUGUAGCUCUGGCAGUCCUAUAUGGAACACCCUGUAUUAUUUUGUUGCGCCAUCAACCAGGUGCUAAUCGUUCGACGGGCGCUGCUUCUGUAUACGUAUACACUGUUCAUAAGAUGACAACAAUUAAAAGAAGUCACGUUUUGAAGCUCGACGUCAGUGGUCGAUUUGCUAUCAACGUUGUAGAUAAUCUUAUUAUUGUUCAUCAUCAAGCUUCAAAAACUUCAAUGAUUUUCGAUAUCAUGUUAUCGGGCGUGAGCGACGGCACUGUAAUGCAUCAUACUAGCGUGGCACCGGCGAAAUCGAUAAAACCGUACAAUCUAAAAGUUCCAGGUACAACUUUAUCGGAACAAACGUAUCAGCCUUGCCAAUUGUAUUCACCAAAUUGGGUGGUUUUUCAGCCAAACAUAGUCAUAGAUGUCAAAUUGGGUUGCCUAUGGUACGUUGAACUGCAGUUGGAGGCAUUGGUGAAGCUUAUCACGGACAAAGUGUUGCUGGUCGAAUUUUUAAUGCAACGGUCGAACGCGAAGCAAGCUUUAAUACAGGUGUUGCAAAAUUUCAUGAUGCAAUUACCUGUUAGUUUAAUGGAUAUGCCAACUGUAUUCGACAAGUUGAAUUCCGUGUACAGGAAUUACUUGGAAAGCGAAAUACAAAGUCAGAUGGGCACUCCUUUACAAAGUAACGUGAAGAACAUUGGCACUGUAGUGGAAAAUUAUAAGUACAAGCUCUUGCUUGAUCAAAGCGACACGUACAGUUAUAUAUUGUCAAAGUUUCCCGAAGAUACAAUCGAACCGAAAAUGAUCAUAUGGGUUCUCCUCGAAUACAUCAGAUCGUUGGCAGAACAUGGAAUACCCGUGCAGCAUUAUUUACACGAGUUAAUUAUCACAACGUUGGUACAACGCAAAGCGUACUAUCAGCUUCAUCAGUUGCUACAAUAUCACGUGGUUGCUGAUUCAAAACCUUUGGCGUGCCUGUUACUCUCUUUGGAAAACCUAUAUCCGGCUGCACACCAGCUUGCUUUGGAUAUGCUUAAACGAUUAGGAAAUGCCCACGAAGAAAUAAUCGAGGUCCUCCUCUCGAAGGGCCAUAUCUUGCCGGCGUUACGAUACAUUAGAUCCGUUGGAAUGGUUGAUCAAGUCUCCGCCCGAAAAUUCUUAGAAGCGGCAAAAGCAACCGAAGAUGCAACUUUGUUUCAUUCGGUUUUCAAAUUCUUUGAACAGCGCAACGUACGGUUACACAAUACAACGGCCUUUGCUAAAGGAGAACACUGCCAGCCUUACGUUCAACACUUUAAGUAUUUAUUCUAUGGAACGGACAAUGGAUGCAAUUCGGAUACAAAUUCUAACGUCACUACGAUCUCUUUAUGAGGCUUUAGCUUUAUUUUGUUGUAACGUGAAAUAAUAACAAGAACAGCAUAAACAACAAACAAUAAUAUAUUUUAAAUUUAUAAUGCAGAAGAAGCAGGGGCGUUAGCUAGUCGUUUCAGAAUCUAUUUGCUUCUUCCUCGUGUUGCUAUUCGCGGAAUACGUUCAAGAAGCAUUAUUUACAGUUAAUUGUAUUUGUUUAUACAAUUUACGGAAUUUCAUGGUAUCGGGAGCGACUAGCUUGAUUCAUUUGAUAACGCAUUGAUUUGUAUUCUUUGCUUCCGUAGACGCGACAUGCAGCAAUCGUUCCACGAUUUGGGUUGUUGCGUAGCCACAGUGAUACGUUAAUACGAAACACGAUACUAUACAUGUUAACAAAUAAUGGCACGUCGAUACACUUGCGUACGAUACGACUACAUGUACGCUAGAUUAAAAUAGGAAGAAACAAGAUUUUAAUUUUCAGUAAUAAAAAUAUCUUUUUUUUGUU